GUAUUUUAUAAUUGUAUUAGUCUUAACUCUUAACUGCUGAUGGAUGAAGGGAAAGACUUUUGUUUGUAGUGAGAAAAGAAAAUGGAAAACAUAGAGCACAGACUGAUUCCCGUCAACGGCUUGCAGAUGCACGUGGCGGAGGUGGGCGAGGGGCCGCUAGUGCUCUUCAUCCACGGCUUCCCGAAGCUCUGGUACUCAUGGCGCCACCAGAUGACUUUCGUGGCGGCGCAAGGUUACCACGCGGUGGCGCCGGAUAUGAGAGGCUACGGAGAAACCACAGGCGCGCGGCUGGAUGACCCAUCGAAAUUCGCCAUAAUGCACCUGGUUGGCGACCUGAUCGCGCUGCUGAACGCUGUUGCGCCGAAUGAAGAGAAGGUGUUUGUUGUUGGGCAUGACUGGGGCGCCAACGUGGCUUGGCAUCUCGCUAUGUAUCGGCCUGAUAGAGUCAGGGCUUUGGUCAAUCUAAGCGUGCCUUUUUUCCCCGGAAAUCCUGAGGCGAAUCCGGUUGAGGCGUUUCGGAAAUUGUAUGGUGAUGAUCACUAUAUCUGCAGGUUUCAGGAGCCUGGUGAUAUAGAAGCUGAGUUUAAGAAGGUUGGCACCAAAGAAGUUCUCAAGAACAUUCUGUCAUACCGCGAGCCUGCUCCCCUUUUCUUCCCCAAGGGCAAAGGAUUUAUCUACUCCACCGAUAGAGCGCCUUGGUUGACAGAGGAUGAUCUUGACUAUUAUGUUACCAGAUUUGACAAGACUGGCUUCACCGGAGGAGUGAACUACUAUCGUGUGUUUGUCUUAAACUGUGAACUGAACGCCCCCUGGUCAGGAGCUGGAGUCACAGUGCCGUCGAAGUUCAUCACCGGGGAAUUUGACCCUACCUAUCAUCUUCCUGGGACCAAAGAUUUCAUACACGGAGGCGGAUUCAAGCAAUUCGUGCCAUUGUUGGAGGACGUGGUCGUGCUUGAAGGAGCUGCUCACUUUAUCAAUCAAGAAAGGCCAGAUGAGAUCAACCAACAUAUAUAUGAUUUUAUAAAACAGUUCGAAACAAAAUAGUCACUAUAAUCAUAUGAUGUUAGGCUUCUAGAUCAUGUGAACAACUUCUUCUAGAUGAUAAACAGGUUAUUUGUUCACAA